UCUGCCUUCUGUCCUACGCACUUUCGCGUCGUCUGCUUCGAUUAUUGUAUUUGAGCAGUUAUCGGAGACAAGAUUUGUUGAUAUCUUUUUGUAGAAAUUUCACAAAAGAUCUUUGACAUGCGUCGUUUAAGUAUUUUUCGAAACACACUGCAAAUGCUUUCACCUUUAACCAGACCUAAAGCACCUUUACUUCCACAAGCAUCAUCACACGUUGUGUUUCGCUGCUAUGCCGCACCACCUAAGAGAUUUUACAAACACACAGGAGUGUUGUAUUGUGAUGGUCAGUAUGAAAUCACUCUAGAUCAACGUAAACUCAAAACACCUAAAGGAACUGUGUUUCGAGUGAAGAGUGAGCCUUUAGCUCUUGCUGUGGCAUUGGAAUGGGAUUCUCAGAAAGAACGCAUAUUGCAGACUGAUAUGCAUCUGUCUAGUUUGUGCAACACAGCAUUAGACAAUCCAAACCAUAUUGUCAAAUUUGAUGCUGUGCAGCAAAUCCUUUCAUUUUUAGAAACAGAUACAAUUUUGUACCAAUCAGCUGACGACGACAACCCUAAUGCACAAGCUUUGUACGAUAUGCAAGUUUGUGAAUGGAAUCCAAUUAUUAACUGGUUCAAUGAGAGAUUUGGGGUGGAUUUGCAGCCAACAAGGGAUAUAGGUAGUCCACAUGUUAGUGAUGAAUCAAAGGCAGCUAUUCAGCGCCAUCUCUUAUCCUACAAUGAUUGGGCUAUUCACGGGUUUUGUUUUGCUGUGGAUACUUUGAAGUCAAUAAUUCUGACACUUGCUUGUGUUGAACGCCUCAUAACAGUUGAACAGGCUGUGCUCCUGUCAAGAUUAGAAGAAGAAUAUCAGAGUGGUUAUUGGGGAAGAGUAGAGUGGGCCCAUGACUUGAACCAACAACAGAUGCAGGGACGUGUUGCUGCUGCUGUUUUAUUUAUUCAUUUAAAUUCUAGUUCUGUAGCUGUGCGGCGGAAGGAUACUACGUAAGUCCAUACUCUUUGCGAUGAUCUUUAAUGAAUAUGAAGGGGCAUUUACAAUCUAAAUAUUAGAUUGCUUGUCGUUGUCUUAUAGAAACCUAUAUUCAAAUAAAACGCUGGUGUUACAAUA